AAUGAUGAUGUCACCUUGCGCCUGACAAGUUAAGGCGCGACAGGCUGAAAUUACCAGCAUUCCAACCAAGUUAACGACUCCCAUCAUUGUACAUGUUGAAUAUGCCUGCAAACAAGCUUGAGGGGCAAAACGCGGCCGUCGUGCGCGGUGCCAUAGAGGGCGCACUCACAGGCUCAGCAAUCGUAGCACCGACAUGGUACCUGCUGAAUCGCAGAUCACCCGCUUUUCGUGCCCUGCCUCCUACGCUGAAGACACUGGGUGCCGUCGUCAUUGUAGUGCCCUUGAUUUUCAUUAGGGCGGAGCACCGUGGGCUGGACUUUCAUCGCCAGCAUUGGACGGGUAUUGGAAAGACGGAGCUGGAGAAGGAGCGAGAGGAGGAGCAGAGGAGGUGGGCUUCGUUGACCCCGAAGGACAAAUUAGCGGAGUGGACAGCGAAGCACCAGCUCAGCGUUAUCGUUGGCAGCUGGGCCCUCACUAUGGGUCUUGUCGGAAACAAAGUCAUGCGUGACCCCUUGAUCUCUAUGCCAAACAAAAUUGUUCAAGUGCGUCUCUGGGCUCAGGGACUUACUAUUGGCGUCAUCAUCGCGGCAGCCGCUCUGACACACUCCCAGCGCGCACAGGCGGCUAAUAUGAGGAAGCACUCCCCAGAUCAUACUUGGGUUUACCUGCUGGAUGAACAGCGCCUUGAGAAGGAACGUGCACAAAAGGCUUAGUACUUGCCCUAUUCGUGGUUUGUUUGCAUCCUGAAGUGUUCAUCUUGAAAUUUUUGUUGUAUCAAUACGCAUCCCAU